ACCUUUUUAGUAGGGCCCAUAUCAAGCAGCAGCAUUUCUACCACCUGUUGUUUGGCAAACGUUUAUAAAACAUCUUCUUUCUUCUCUCGAGUCCACACUAACAUUUGUUCCAUCAUUGGAAAAAAUUACUCGUGGCCCACGGAAAAGGGUCCUAUUUCAAUACCAGCAUUAAUCAUUGAAGCGAACGUUCUCGUUUCAGGUCGAAAACGAUCAUAUACGAUGAAAAGCAAUGUGAGCCUAGCGUUAUUUUAGGUUACGCUUGAGCAACAUCUCAACUUUGCUGAUCGUGCGGACAUACAUUUAAAUAUUAACCCAAAUCCUACAGGGGACAUUGUGCGAAAGACCAGUAGUGAUUGACCAUGCUACAGUAACUAAAAAUAGGUAAAUUAGGUAGAUUGCGUUGAACUUGGAAAAAUUAAUUAGGUACGUGCUGUACAUGUGGUUGAAAGGCUGUAUGAUGUGCUGAUGUUAAAACUAUUGAACUGACAUUUUGAAUAAUUACUGUUAUAUAUCGUGUUAGCAUAAUAAACUUUCAGAAAUAUAUAGCAAUGAAAUUGGACGAUAUUGAAGAGAAAUUCGGUGGCGUCAGUCGUUAUCAAAUAUUUGUCAUCAUGAUGACAGCAACAGCUGUGUUUGGAACUUCAUCGAUGUCUCAAUCAGCAAUUUUUUUCAGUGCUGUUCCAGAUCACAGAUGUGCAAUACCACAAAUCGACAAUCUUACGCUUCUACAUUCAAAUACUACGGAACGUAACAUUUCACUAUUUAUACCGCCAGGAGAGUCUUGUCAUAGAUACAACUAUAAUUUAUCUGUGUGUGAUGAACUCGAAGACUUAUCUUGUGUUGCAAACCGAACAAAAGUAGGAAAAAUAAAAUGUGACAACGGAUAUGUUUAUGAUAAAACUUACUUCAAGAGUACGACGGUAUCUGAGUGGGAUCUCGUGUGUGAUCGAACAAACCUUGACGCUCUUGCUAAUUCUUUAUAUUUUGCUGGUGUUUUUCUUGGAUCUCUUAUCAUUGGACCGAUGAUGGACUGGUUUGGAAGGAAACUCACGAUACUUAUAGCCGCUAUAUUAUACAUUGCGACUGGAAUAGCAAGUGCUUGUGCGUCAUCUUAUGAGAUGUACAUUUUUCUUCGUGUCGCCGUCGCUAUGUGUGGAAUCCCCUGUUUUAUAGCAUAUUUCACAUAUGCCAACGAAAUAGUCGGUAGGAAAUCAAGAAAAGUUGUAGGAGGGUUUACUCAAAUCGUAACUGCAACUGCGCAUGGUAUCCUUCCAUGCUUCGCAUAUCUAGUACAGGACUGGAGAUACCUUGGCAUUAUGAUAUCACUGUUUUCUGCUCCAUACAUUAUAAUAUUUUUCUUCAUGCCACGAACUCCAAGAUGGCUUCUUACACACGGAAAAGAAAACGAAGCGAAGAAAGUGUUAGAUAGGUUGCGAAAAGCAAAAAUACAUCAUUUAAAAAAGAAGAUUGGAAUCGUCCUUGUUAGAAAUGAAAAGAACUUCUUGGCGAAUACCCUGCCUCCUUCAUUUUCAUUGAUUGGUUCUCUUAUCACAAUUUCCUCAAUAUUGCCGAGCAUGGUGUUUUAUGGCCUCAUACUAAACGUUGGAAAAUUGGCAGGAGAUCCUUACAUAAAUCGGGUGCUGAACGGAAUUGUUGAACUUUUUUUACACUUAGCGGGUUUAUGCUGUCUGGGAACAAUGAUAUUUACACUUGCUGCGGAUGGAAAUGCAGUUCUUCUGCAAAUUAGUCGGUGGAUCGGCAUUUUGGGUAAAUUUUUUGCAACUCUGGCUUUUGCAAUAAUUUAUCAAUACACCGCAGAAAUUUAUCCAACAAUCGCCAGGGGAACGGGGAUGGGAAUGGGUUCAACAGCAGCCAGAAUUGGAUCAAUCAUAAUGCCAUGGACUUUGGAAUUGCAACGUUCUGUACCUUGGCUUACGCAAACGAUAUUCGGAAGUCUUUCUGUCCUAGCUGGUGUUUUAUCUUUAUUGUUGCCUGAAACAAGAGAUUCCGAUUUUAAAACAAGUAUGGACGAAGCGGAAGAAUUUUAUAGAAGCAACAUGACGCUAGCUUCGAGAUUCAUCGAAAAACGUAUUUCGAGUCAGACCUCUGCCGACGAAGAUAGAAAGCUGAAUAUUGAAACAGGAUCGCUGCUUUAAAGAGAACACGGACACGUAGGAAUCAGCCGAGACCAAAAACUAACACAACUAAUUUACCUGUGUAUAUCGCUUCAUCAACGUAAUAUAUUGUUAGAAAUAUAAACUAGUUAUAGAGGAAAAUCAACAUUUGUAUAUUUGGCGCUGACAUUUUCAUGUAGACGCAUUAUUAAGCGAAUAGUCAUCUGAAACAAGGAUUUAUCUUGGUCCGGAUAAAUUCAACGUAACGUUUUUGAUAGCUUAUUGAACAAACAUUCAAAUAAAAAAAUACGGAAAUAAAUUUUGAUAGCGAAAUCUAUACUGGGAGAUGAUUUGAGAACAAUAAUAAACCAGUCAAUAGAUUGCCACGAAGUAAACGUUUCAAGAAAUGAUAUAAUGAAUACACCAACAUACUUUUCCAUUUUCGAAAGCGCAUUAUCGAGUUCAGUGUCGUUGUAAUCUGGAUUUUCCAUCGGGCGUUUUCAAUAUGUAGGCCCAAAAAUGAUGGUAGUCACUUGGAAAAAGCAAGCUUUAAAUAAUAUUGAGAUGACCAGACUCGAAUGAGGAGAAACGAAUAUUGUACUGCGUGUAUUUACUGUUAGAUAAUAUUAUGCUUACUUUUAUGUGAUUAUAUUCAUGGAACUGCCAGAUGAGUCAGUACGUUGAUUUAGCAGUAAAAUGAAUGAAAAAAUAAACAAAUCAAAAUCGAGCAACCUCAUAUUUGUUCCUACUCCUUGAUAUUUUAAAUUAUCAAAGGUUCAUUUCAAUCUGGUAUACUUGAUUACUUUUCUAGAUAGAUACGUUUUAUCAAUUAUUGGACUUUCUAACUUGACUCACUAUAAGAAAAGGUUGUUUAAUCUAAUGAAUAAAUUCGAUAUUGAACAGGAUUUCUGAACGGUGGUUAUUAAUUUAUCCCGUCCAACCAAUUUUCAGUCAGGUAUUGAAUAAGGCAAACCAAACCA